GCCAGAUGGAUUCCACAGCAGAAUGAUAGGUCUGCGUUUGACCACCGGCUACGCAAAAUGAAGUUAGUGCUUACAUACUUAGACUAGGUUUAGCGAAAUACAUCGUCUGAAUGCACGUUAUCCCGUACAGACAGACAUACAGUUUUAUUAGGGCAGCGUUUCGAGGAGAUGGAUGCAGAGAAAGGAGGAGUCUUUUUUGGACAGAGAGAAGAGGAUGUGGUAAUAGAGGGUGACUUGGGUGUGGAUGGGCCUUUCUUUUGCCCCAGUUCCAUCUGCUCGGUGACACCAACGACCCUGGAGGAGUGGGCACUAGACCCUCAGUGUGGUCUAAAUGACAGUGAAGCUGAAGAUGUCUUGCACGCCAUCAACCCAAAUGAUGUGUUUCCCCCAGGACCCCCUGGGGAGUGCUUUUCUGAGAGUGACAGUGGCGCCUCUGAGGACCCUCUCUCUGACAGCUCUCCGGAGGCAUCCGAGCUUGCCCAGCCCCCCACCGCCAUCUACCAGGUUGUUUAUGACAUCGGCAGGCUCAAUAACAUCAAAACAGAGCCAAAGCAACAAAGUGUUGACGUUAUAUCAAUAGAACUGGAUGAAUGGAGUUCCCAAAUGUUGAUUUCUGAGUCUUGUGUUGUAAAUGAGCUGCCACUGGUACCCACGGGCAAACCCGAUGAUGCUCCCUCCACCGCCGCAGUCUCUGAAGAUGCUCACAAUUUGGAAAACGUACCGUUUUACCCAGACCUGCAUCUGACUGAGGAGGAGCAGAAGCUGCUGACUCAAGAAGGCAUUUCCCUACCCAGCAACCUGCCCCUUACAAAGGCAGAAGAGCGCAUACUAAAGAAAGUGAGACGCAAGAUCCGUAACAAGCAAUCAGCUCAGGACAGUCGACGCAGGAAGAAAGAGUAUAUAGAUGGACUGGAGACGCGUGUGACAACUUGCUCAUUACAGAACCAAGAAUUGCAAAGGACAGUGGAGCAGUUGGAAAAGCACAACCUGUCUCUUAUGACCCAGCUACGCAAACUGCAGUCUCUGAUUAAGCAGACAGCCACUAAAGCUGCACAGACUACCACCUGCAUUAUGAUCCUCAUCUUCUCUCUCACACUCAUCAUCUUCCCAAGUUAUAGUCCCUUCAGUUAUAACUCUGUGUCAGAGGAGCAAGGCUAUACUCCAACUGGAGUUAUUUCCAGAAAUAUUCUGACAGACCCUGCUUCCUCAUCACAAAUAUCGGAGGAUGUGGACGACACAGUUAUCCACCCUGAUGUCUUGUCAUAUUUGCCAGACAGCAACCAAUCAGACCCUCCAGGUCUCACAUCUGGUGUUCUGCAGCAAACCAUGGAAAAUCCAGAGAGGGUUCUGCAUGAAAGCUUGGCCCAGGAGGAGAACCGGUCCAAAAAUGUCUCAACAGCGAUUGAGGAACAGGCCAAAUUAAUGCCCAUGGGUUUGGUAUCUGCCAAAACACAAGACAGCACAAAAACUGAUGCUGCAAAACCAGCCCAUGCAGAUGAGAUGUAGGCAGACUUUUCAUUUGACUACCUAUGAACUGUUCUAAAGGGAUUUUGAAACUCCUUCAGAUUCCUAGAAUGACAGCAGUCAGUUAAGAUGCCCUUUGUUACAGUCAUGCUGGCUUUUAAUUUCCACCUUUUCACAUUGUCAAGUGCUUCACUGAGUUAACUCUGUUGCAUUAAUUACCUUAGUUUCUUUUGUGCGCUGGGUAUUCUCUUGAAAACCUUGAUGAACUUGGGACAUUUAGUUUUUUACUUUUCUCUUUUAUGGUACAUGGGUGGGAAACAAAAUAAGGCUGUUUCAAAGGAGCUUAUCUGUGAAAAAAAUUCCAUAUCAAAUGAUGAAUUACUGCCUUGCUUUAUAAUGCCUAUAAAUGUCAGUAAAUGUUCCACAAAACAAUUGCCGUGAUCUAUUUUGGAUUACACACAAGUUUAUAAACAAUGAAACUGACAUGAAAAAAUAAGAACCUGUUUAUGAAACAUGGUAUGCUUUAAUAAUUGAAGUGCCAACUUAUUUAACAGUUUUAUUACAUGAUAUUAGCAGUUGCCUUGAAGGCUUAUUUUUGCAACUCAUAGCCGAUUUCCGUUAUCGUUUUCUUCCAGGUAAUUUACACUUUGACCAUAUUUACUUAAGAAUAAAUCCCUGUGGCCAUCAGUUUAGCUGGCAAAUAAGCAUAGUGUAUGUGGUUAGAAACUAUGAAUUUGCUUUGUAGUUUAUAUAUUUUGUAUUUUAUGUAUUUAUAAAGGAAGGGAAAACGUAAGUUGUGUGAAUUGAUUAUUUUGUGUGAGGUAGACGUGUUUCGUAAGUUGGUUUGACUGAAGCAAAUAAGACUUCUUUCUAAUGGUACAAUUUCUAAUAAAGAGCC